CGUGUCUAUCUAGUUAGUUCUCGAUAGCCUCUCUCUCCCUGCCUCCCCGCUGUUGUGGUUGCGGUGCUUCUGCUGAUCUGCUCCGUCUUCUCCUCCCGGCAAUGGCCUGCUUGGAGGCGCCCCCGCGCGUCGAGCUCUGCCCGGUCUCGUGCCAGCCCCGCGGCCUGCAGCUUCCGCCAUGGCGGCUCAGCCUGUCGAGGUCCUCCUCUUCAUGCAGAUCUUGCACCCUUGUGUCUCGCCAGCUUCCAAUUUGCAAUGCACAGUCAUAUGCUGAUGAUUUAUGGGUGGCUGCGCCUCAUAGCCCUGCAUCUGUUCGCUCAAGGUUGCUUGCAGCGGAAAGAGAGGAAGCAAAGGCUGUCCUGUCCCUGUUUCUGAGGCAGAAAGGUCUGCGAAGCACGCUGGCCGCACGGAUCGUCAACAAAUCGGAUGGCUUCAUCGAGCACCUGGUCUCGAAGCUCCAGAUUGCUUACAGAUCUCGAUAUGCUGAAGGAAGGGAGCUGAGCACGCCUGAAAUCAGAGACGCUCUCCUUCCCUAUCUCGAAGCUCUCUCCAAAGAACAUGGCGACAGUUUGGUCGAGGUGGUGGAGAAUUUCCCCGACCCUUUUGCUAUGGAAAGGGAAGCCUUAUCUUCAUCAAUGGCGUUUACACCCACGAGCUCAAACAAGCAGAAGGCGAUUGCUCGAAUAAGCACGGCAGCCUCAGGCGCCGCCCUCCCUGAGCUGGUCCCCUACCUACUAGACCUUGGCAUGGACCACGAGGAGAUAAAGGACAUCGUGCGCAAGUUCCCAGCGUUCGCGUACUACAGCGUGGAUCGCAAGAUCAAGCCCCUGGUGGAGCUCCUGCUUGAGCUUGGGGUGAAAAAUUCCAGCAUACCAGGAAUCAUCAAGAAGCGGCCCCAGCUGUGCGGGAUCAGCAUGUCAGACAAUCUCAAGCCGAUGAUGGCUUAUCUGGAGAGCAUCGGCGUCGACAAGGCUCAGUGGAGCAAGGUGAUCACCCGCUUCCCGGCGCUCCUCACGUACAGCCGGAACAAGGUGCAGACGACCGUGAGCUUCCUCGCCGAGCUAGGUGUCUCCGAGAAGAGCAUCGGCAAGAUCCUGACGCGGUGCCCCCACAUCAUGAGCUACAGCGUGGACGACAACCUCAGGCCGACCGCCGCCUACUUCCGGUCGAUCGGCGCGGACGCCGCGUCCCUUAUCCAGAAGAGCCCGCAGGCCUUCGGUCUGAACGUCGAGGCCAAGCUGAGGCCGACCACGGAGUUCUUCCUGGCGAGGGGGUUCAGCGUCGAGGAGGUCGGCGUCAUGGCGAACAGGUUCGGGAUCGUUCACACGCUGAGCCUGGAGGAGAACCUGCUCCCCAAGUACGAGUUCUUCCUGGCGAUGGAGUACCCGAGGUGCGAGCUCGUCAAGUUCCCGCAGUACUUUGGGUACAGCUUGGACCGGCGGAUAAAGCCACGGUACGCGAGGAUGACUGGGUGUGGGGUGAGGUUGAUUUUGAACCAGAUGCUUUCGGUCUCCGAUGCCAGGUUUGAGAAGAUUCUAGAGAAGAAGACGGCUAGGCUUUGAUAAGACAGCAGUUUCAGAUUAGGCACAGUGUUGGAGUUCAUUUGAGAAGAACUGUCAAUGAUAAAACCAUCAGUUUUCAGAGCACGUAGCUUAUUAUCGUGGCCUUCAUGGACGUGCAACGUCCAGAGGCGAACUGUUUGAUGUGCUAAUCUGUAGUUAGCUUCUGCGAGGUAUUGAAAUGCAUGCAACUUUGGCAAUCAGAAAUGCCAGUUGCAGUGGGCGAGAUUGCUUGGUGCUCAUUUAUGCAGUACUCGGCGACAAUCUUUGUUUG